ACAUACAAUAUACUUAAUAUAAAUAUAUAGUAUAAAAUACAAGAAACAUGCUUGUUUGUUGGUUAACCAGUCGGUCCGGCACAUUUAAUACCUUAAUGUGUCGUACAUGGAUCUCACUUGAGACCCGUGGACUGGCAUGAUAUGACCCGCUUUCUAAUCCGGACUAGGUCAGCACAAUCCCAAUCCAUACCAGACUUAGCCAGUCAGGUUGGACUGACCUGUCCAUUUAGACAUGUAUAGUGCUACUGCUCUCUUCCUCCAGCUGGAAGCAGAGACAAAGGGAGACAAAAAAAAAUAAGAGAGGAAAGGAAGACAUGAAAUUUCGACGCGAUAGUAAUUGAUUAUUAGGAGGUGGUGGUGGUCGCGGUAAUCAUAGGGGCUCGUAAAGGUUGGACUUGUCCGAGCCCAGGCGGACGCGGACAGGACCCCCGCCGCGACGUGGUGAGCAGUGAGCUCCUUCUUCCUAGCUCUGCUGCUACCUGCUCUCCCUCUCGGCUCGGCCUCUCCUCGUGCGCGCGCGCGCUCCCGCAUUCCUGGGGUCCUGUCCGGCCGGCCUCCUCCCUACCUCACCAGCAUUUCCCUCCCUAGUCCCAGCUCGUAUUAAUCUUUGGCCCCCCUUCUCUUUGUGCGAGUGUGCCUCGUCAUUCACCUCGGCCACAGGCGGUCUCAUUGAUGAGGUGAGGAGCUGUGCUCAGGGGGAGCCUAAAAGCGGCGGCGUCUACGCUUGCCGCGAGGUGCCAAUGGUGCAGUGGUGGGGCCGUGAGGCGUCGGGUGGCCGGGGGACGUCGGUGGUGGUGAAGAUGGAGAGCCCGGAAUGGACCAUCCCGGCGGAAUCGGAGGUGGCGGCGGGGGGCAAGGCCGGCCGCGGCAAGAACGCCCGCCAGAUCACGUGGGUGCUACUGCUCAAGGCGCACCGCACCGCGGGGAAGCUCACGGGCGCCGCCUCCGCCGUGCUUUCCAUCGCCGGCGCCGCGUGGAGGCGGGUGGCGGCGGGGCGGACCGACGAAGACGAAGACGAAGACGCCGGCGCCGCGCCGCCCGGGGAGAGCCCCGCGCUGCGCAGCAGGUUCUACGGCUUCCUCCGCGCCUCCCUCGUCCUGUCCGUGCUCCUCCUCGCCGCCGACGUCGCCGCACACCUCCAGGGCUGGCACCUCGCCGUCGACGUCCCCGACCUGCUCGCCGUCGAGGGCCUCUUCGCCGCCGGGUACGCGUCCUGGGCGCGCGUCCGUCUCGAGUACCUCGCGCCGGCGCUGCAGUUCCUGGCGAACGCGUGCGUCGUGCUCUUCUUGGUCCAGAGCGCCGACCGCCUUAUCCUCUGCCUGGGUUGCCUCUGGAUCAAGCACAGGGGCAUCAGGCCUGUCCCCAAGGCUGGUGGCAAAGGGUCAGACGACGUCGAGGCCGGCACCGGGAACUUCCCCAUGGUGCUCGUGCAGAUUCCAAUGCGCAACGAGAAGGAGGUGUACCAGCAAUCUAUUGGUGCUGUUUGCGGUCUGGACUGGCCAAGGCCAAACUUCUUGGUGCAGGUGCUAGACGAUUCUGAUGACGCUGCCACUUCAACACUUAUUAAAGAGGAGGUGGAGAAGUGGCAACGGGAAGGCGUUCGCAUAUUGUACCGACACCGGUUAAUUCGUGAUGGCUACAAGGCUGGAAAUCUCAAGUCAGCCAUGAACUGCAGCUAUGUAAAGGAUUAUGAGUUUGUUGUUAUCUUUGAUGCUGAUUUUCAACCCCAGCCAGACUUCCUGAAGCGAACUGUGCCCCAUUUCAAGGGCAAUGAGGACGUUGGGUUAGUUCAGGCAAGGUGGUCUUUUGUGAACAAGGAUGAGAACUUGCUAACUAGGCUGCAAAACAUAAACCUUUGCUUCCACUUUGAGGUGGAGCAGCAGGUUAAUGGGAUCUUCCUCAAUUUCUUUGGAUUCAAUGGAACGGCAGGAGUGUGGAGAAUAAAGGCACUCGAGGAUUCAGGUGGAUGGAUGGAGAGGACAACAGUGGAGGACAUGGAUAUUGCUGUCCGAGCACACCUCAAGGGUUGGAAGUUUCUGUUCCUUAACGAUGUUGAGUGCCAGUGUGAAUUGCCGGAGUCAUAUGAGGCAUAUCGAAAGCAGCAACACCGAUGGCAUUCUGGUCCCAUGCAGUUAUUUAGACUCUGCUUUGUGGAUAUUAUCAAGUCGAAGAUCGGAUUCUGGAAGAAGUUCAACCUCAUAUUUCUUUUCUUUCUCCUCCGCAAGCUCAUUCUGCCCUUCUAUUCCUUCACCCUUUUCUGCAUCAUCCUUCCCAUGACGAUGUUUAUUCCCGAAGCCGAGCUCCCUGCCUGGGUCGUGUGCUACAUCCCGGCGACCAUGUCCCUGCUGAACAUCCUCCCAGCCCCGAAAUCGUUCCCGUUUAUCGUGCCCUAUCUCCUGUUCGAGAACACCAUGUCGGUAACCAAGUUCAACGCCAUGGUCUCCGGCCUGUUCCAGCUCGGGAGCGCCCACGAGUGGGUCGUCACCAAGAAAUCAGGCCGUUCUUCCGAGGGCGAUCUCGUCGUCGAGAAGCAGCCUAGACAGCAAAGGGCAGGGUCCGCAUCCAACCUUGGUUCCCUUGCAAAGGAGCCUUCCUCCAGUCUCAGAAAGGACUCCCAAAGGAAGAAACACAAUAGGAUAUACAGGAAGGAGCUGGCGCUCUCCUUCCUUCUCUUAACAGCAGCUGCUCGGAGCCUGAUAUCGGUGCAAGGAAUACACUUCUACUUCCUUCUGUUCCAAGGGGUAUCGUUUUUGGUCGUUGGGCUCGAUCUGAUCGGCGAGCAAGUUGAGUGACGGGAAUACAAGGGAGAGUAAUGGCGGUAUUUGUUUUUGCUGCGAGCGGUGGCAAUGCGAACAGGGAGCACUUCAGGUAAAGGCAGGCACGGUAUAUGAUUCAACGCAAACACGAGAAGAUUUGGUUCCGGAUUAAGAGGGGUUAUAGAUGGUUAGGGAUACUUGAAACGGUGUACUGUGGAUUGUAGAUAUAUGGCUUGAGACUGUGGACUGGGGUCUGAUUCUUUUGUAAGAAAAUCUUUCAGUGGGGUCA